ACCUCUAAUUUCUAUCACUAAAAUAUCAAAAGCUUUCACAUUACAAUUUUUCUCUCUACAAGCUCUCUAUGCCACAAGUCGAUCUAGAAGCCUUUGUUUCUUCAGUAUGUGUCGGUGGCUCCGACCACCGGAAGAUCGCAUGCGAAACCCUCGCCGACGACCAGACGAUCCCACCUUAUUACAACAACUCCGCCGUUAGUCCGAGUGAUUUUCCACCGGAAUCUUAUUUCUUGUCAAAAGAUGCUCAGCUCGAGUGGCUCAGCGACAACGCCUUCUUUGAUCGUAAAGAUUCACAGAGAGGAAACUCUGGGAUUCUCAAUUCUAAUCCAAACUCGAAUCCAAGCUCGCAACGGUUUUUACUCAAAUCCAAAGCGUCGAUCAUCGGUUUGCCGAAACCGCAGAAAACGUGUUUCAACGAGGCGAAGCAGCGGAGACACGGUGGCAAGAACCGAGUCAUCCUGAAACGGGUCGGGUCACGAAUAAAAACGGAUACUUCGCUUCUUGAACCUUCUUCUCCUAUAGUCUCUUGCAUCGGUAGAGUAAAAUCCAGAAGAGAACGCAGCCGCCGUAUGCACCGUCAAAAAUCAAGUCGGGUCGAACCGGCGAACCGGGUUAAGAAACCCGGGUUUAUGGCGAGUUUCAGAGCCAUCUUCAGGAUCAAAGGCGGCUGCAAAGACGUGUCAGCGCGUGAGACUCACACGUCGCCAAGUAACACACACGACAUCAGGAGUAGGCUUCCGGUGGAAGCUGUUGAGAAGUCGUCAUUCGACGGCGGAGAACCGGUGGUACCCGGUUUGGGUGGGAUGACGCGUUUCGCAUCUGGAAGAAGAGCGGAUUUGUUGGCUGGUGGAGGAUGUUGACGUGGCGCGUGUGACAAGUGUAAUACAUAUGGGGUCCAGUGAUAUAGUGUUUUUAAGUCUCAGGGGGAAAGUAGGAAUAGUACUUUGGUUGUCUUGUCUGAAUAUUUUGGUGGUUGUAAUUUUUGAAAAGUCGUUGGUGAUGACGUGGCAACUGAUCAACGUUUUUUUCAGAAAGAAACACGGCAACGCGAA